AUGGCAUUCGAGUUUCAACCAUCGGUCUUGCCCAAUCACCCGAGGCAUUCAAGCAGUGCUCAAGCCCAUGGGCGUCAACGGCCACAGCUCGCUAUCCCUACCGGAGACAACGACCGCCCCGGUGCGUCGCAGACCAGCCCCAUCUCGGUAAAACUCGAAGAAAUGUUCGCCCAUGGAUGUUUCCACCACUAUUCUUCAACGAUUCAAGAUAUGUUCGAAGCCGACCACCAGCAUUGGUUCAUACUGCGUUUCCUUCGUCGGGAUUCGCAGUGCCCCCUCUUCCGGAGGAACCAUACAAGCAUCUACUACAACCCUCCACCGGAUCUGUUUGCGUUGGUCGCAGAGAUUCGAGAGGACAAGAGCUGGGAGGCCAAGAGGCUGGAGGUGCUUGCGUCGGAUCUUCUUGGCCCGAUUCUCGAGGCUCAGGGCCCAGUCCGUACCAUGCAACCCAUCUUACACCUGCCACGGGAUCCGUUCGCUCGGCAUCGAGAGAAGGGAAGUCCUUGGUCCCUCCUGGCAUCCAAUACGGUCGGCCGGUAUCCGGAUAUCAAUCCUCGAGCCAAGGCCCUGGCUCCUCCGCUGCCGCAACUAGUCCGACUCCCACCGAAGGCCAUGCCUGUGUAG